AUGAAGAAAGCUUCUCUAUUGAUGAACAAAGUCGGAUUCUCCCUUGAAAACUCAAAAUCAAAUAGAAAUGGAAACAAGAAAAAGAUGAACGAGUUGAGCGUCCUUCGGCUUGGAUCCCUAGGGCUUCCUUCUUCCUUCUGGGGGUAUUCCUCUUCUUCUCUGACGGCGCACUUCUCUCACACUCGACUCUCUUCUUCAGCGGCUAAAAACAUGUAUAUAUGGGCGAAGUCGAGUAGGGUUUUCUUCAUGUGGAAAAGGAAAGUUUCCCAUGAGCGAGCCUUCUUCUCCACGUCGUGUAUGGGCCGACAUUGUACCAAGGAAAGCUCCAAACAUUAG